CUUGCUUCUCUCUUUCCUUCUCUGCUGCGCCGACGCCGACGCCGACGCCGACGAACCUCUGCCGUCGAAAUGGGCCGCGUGAUUCGCGCGCAGCGUAAGGGAGCGGGCUCCGUGUUCCGAUCGCACACGCACCACCGCAAGGGACCUGCGCGGUUCCGCAGCCUCGACUUCGGGGAGCGCAAUGGAUACCUGAAGGGCGUGGUCACUGACAUCAUCCACGACCCUGGGCGCGGAGCUCCACUUGCCCGCGUGACCUUCCGCCAUCCAUUCCGUUACAAGCACCAGAAGGAGCUCUUCAUCGCCGCCGAGGGGAUGUACACCGGCCAGUUCGUUUACUGCGGUCGCAAGGCUGGCCUAAUGGUCGGAAACGUGCUUCCCCUCCGAUCCAUCCCUGAGGGCGCCGUUGUUUGCAACGUCGAGCACCACGUUGGGGAUCGUGGCGUGCUCGCUAGGGCAUCGGGGGAUUACGCGAUUGUUAUUAGCCACAACCCGGAUAACGGCACUUCUAGGAUUAAGCUCCCAUCUGGUGCGAAGAAGAUUGUUCCUAGUGGUUGUCGUGCCAUGAUUGGGCAGGUUGCUGGUGGUGGACGGACUGAAAAGCCACUACUGAAGGCUGGCAAUGCUUACCACAAAUUCCGCGUGAAAAGGAACUGCUGGCCUAAGGUCCGUGGUGUGGCCAUGAACCCUGUGGAGCAUCCCCAUGGAGGAGGAAACCACCAACACAUUGGUCAUGCGUCCACAGUUAGGCGUGAUGCACCUCCUGGGCAAAAGGUUGGUCUUAUUGCUGCAAGGAGAACUGGUCGACUUCGGGGACAGGCCGCUGCCACUGCUGCCAAGGCCGAUAAGGCAACUUAAAUAUGCUGCCAUUUUCAUUGCUUAUUUUCUUCAUAGUGCUUAGAGUCUUUACAUUGCGUAAGUUUGUUUCAUAAUUUUCAUUCAGAGUAUUUAGAGUCCUUUACAUUGCGCAAGUCAUAUGUCAGUAUGUGUUUGAUUCUUAUUUGAUGACUUUUGGAGGACUUUUUUGUUUUCUUAGACCUGAUAUUGGGCUAAUUUUUGAAUGGUUGUUGAGAAGCUUAUAUUGUCA